AUGCCUGAGAGUAACUGUGCUGGCAACCUUCCUGCUCCUACUACUGUGGUAUCUCUUUGCGUCUCAAUGUCUCCUCAAGCUAGGGCGAAGAGGAAAAUUGCUGCCCUCAUGGAAGAGGUCGAAAAUUUGAAGCAGGAGAAAGCGAUAAAACAAAGAAAAACAACCUACUAUGUUUCCCAGGGACGAGCACUUCAUAGGAUGGUUGUUCUUUACUGCCCAUUAGAAGAUCUGGUUGCCGAGAAUGACCGGCGUUGCGAAGACUCAGACGGCGACCACACAAUCGAACAAAACCGCCUUCAGCACGGCUACAUUGAACUCAGUAAGACAUUGCCAUGGUUCCAUGAAAAGCUUGCAAGUCUUGAUUUCGAAGAGUCGGAGGAUAUGCUCAAACAGCUCAAGCGAGGAGCUGAUUCAGCUCGUGGUGACGACACGGGAACUCUCAAAGAGCUCGUGGCCUCAUGGGUUAACAUUGAGUGUCGUCCGCCUUCGUUUCUAAGAGCAGACCAUAAGCACCAUCGAGGUUUCGUGAACGAUGCGUGCGGUAAGCUACUCUGCCCAGCGGAAUGGUGCUGGGAGGAUCCAGUCGUCAGGGCUGGAAUUCGUGACCGCACCACCGCUUUUAUUGUUUCUGAAAAUUCAUGGCCUAUGUUCAUGUAUGAAAAUUAUGAAGCCCAUGCGAAGAAUCUGGAGCGUGGUAUGAGGAAGGUAACUCCUCGCGCGAUCGCAUAUGCAGCUUGCCAGAUCCAAUUCGCACUGUCCAACAUCACUUCCUGGCGCACUGUUGACGGCGACUUCAACUAUCAACUUUUUUGGAACAACAUUGUAGACUUCUUCGAGGAUCCUCCAGGUCCAGCUGCGCUAGCAAGGGUGAACAAGCUUCUCAAAUGGUGGACCAGAAAAGUGUUCGGACGAAAUCAUGGUCAGGACUUAACACCGGAUGUUAUUCUUCACAUGUCUGUCAACAGUCUCGCUUCCCAGAGACAGCAAAUGGAGGACGCUGCAUUCAACUCCAACUAG